AUGCACUCUGCCAUGAACGAGCCAAGGCUUCGGAAAGCGGUGUCUGAUAUUGUCUCUGAAAUUGAUAGGUACAAAGCAUUGGAGGAUCUUUCUUCUAUUGAUGAAGUCACUCAAGCAGAAUGUGAAUGCUGUGGACUUAAAGAGGAUUGCACCGAACAUUACAUCACCAAAGUUAAGGGCUCUCAUUCUGGUAGAUGGGUAUGCGGGCUUUGUUGCGAAGCUGUUAAAGAAAAUCUGGUGCGAACUCCCAAAACAGCCAUGGAAGAAGCUGUGAGUUCUCACAGGGAUUUUUGCCAAAAGUUCAACACUAAUAGAUUAAACCCAAAGCUUUCACUUACUUCGGUAAUGAGGAAUAUAGCGAAAAGAAAUUAUGAGAAUAGAAACGCCAACAACUUGUCAAACUCAAAGCUGGCUCGAAGUACUAGCUGUGUUCCAAGGAUCGACCUUAAUUAA